AUGGUUACCAGUUGCAACGUGGACUACUACUUGGAAGAAUGCGCCGCGGUCGUGAUCACCAGCCCCAACUAUCCCGCAAGCUAUGACGACAAUAAAACCUGCUCCUGGCUGGUCAUCUCCAACGAGCUGAACCGACUUCACAUCCAGGUCACCGACUUCAUGACUGAAGACUCCUAUGACAACCUGCAUAUUGGUGAUGGCGCCCUCAUCGGGAACCCAGUGUCUCUGUUUGCAGAUGGAACCUUGUCCGGAUCCGCACAACCUGUGAACUUCACGUCAGCACAGACGACCGUCUGGAUGCGAUUCGUCACCGACCUGGAUAAGAGCGCGAGGGGAUUCAGAGCUGUCGUCACUGACCUGUGUGAUAUUGAUUUCCAAUGUGCCAGCAACUCUUGCUUGAAUAAUGGCGAAUGUGUCAAUACCAACGACAAUCUCCAGUAUUUCUGCAGAUGUGCUCCCGCUUUCACCGGCGACAAUUGCGAGAUUGCUGUACCGACACCAUGUGAUAGCGACCCCUGUCUCAAUGGAGGUAGCUGCUUCUUUGACCUUGCCACUGAUAGUUUCGUUUGUGAUUGCCCCGCUGGUUGGGAGGGCACCAACUGCGAAGAAGAAUUCAUUAUCAUGUGCCCUCCGGCUCACUGCUUGCACGGUGGACUGUGUAAUUUUGAUGCUAACGACCAGCCACUGUGCAGCUGUUCAGAGGGAUAUAUCGGUGACCGAUGUGAAAUAGGUAUAAUAUGGAUGCUUCUUUAA